CACGAUAUUUUAUUGUGGUGACGAUACAUGAAUGAGUUGUAUAUAAAGAGUGGACUGUCCUGACACCAGUAUCACCUGCAACAGGUACAUCUCCCUCCUGCCUGCUCCUACGACCUCAGACCUGCUCCUCCUACCUCCUCCUCAUCCAGAGCUUCCUGAACAUCAUCCUCUUGGUCAUGAGGGGUCUUCUCGCCCUAGUUCUCCUCGGGGGGUUGCUGGCCGUCGGAGCGGCUCCAGGAGCACGCAACAGUUCAGCUCUGACCAGUCCAACUGAGACUCGUGCAGAGCGGAUCAACUUCUGCCUGGACGGCUGGGACAAUUUCCGUGGUGACUGUUUCUACCUGGAGAACAAUCCUGCAAGCUGGGGCACUGCAGAGAGACUAUGUGCAGAGCGGGAGGGCAGCCUGGCAUCGGCCCACAGCGCCGUGGAGUACCACUACCUGCAGCGCCUGGCCCAGACAGGAGGCCACACCUUCGCCUGGCUGGGGGGAUACAACUUCCUGGGUGAGUGGCGGUGGGAGGGCGGAAGUCCCUUCGACUAUGUCAAUACGGAGUCCGACGUCUCCCCCAGCGAAAACCAGUGUCUCAUCAUCAACACGGAAGGGAACAAGGGAUGGUCCAACCACCGCUGCAACAACUUCUUGCCCUACAUCUGUGAGAUGAGAUCCAGCUGCUAGCCCACCGGAGGAGUGUCGCUCACAUCUGGAGCUGGUGCUGACUGCUCUUCAUCCAGAUGUUCCAACCAAACAGUUUAGAACACACUUCAUGAGACAUCCUAUCUCUGAAGUUACUAUUCUGCAC